UGGUUCCGGACCUCCCGGUCCGUGUAAAAAUUGACAUCUAAACCGGAAGCCAACCUCCAGCCUGUCGGUGCGCAUAAAUACUUCGAAAUUCAUAUCACAGUUUCACUAAUAAACUUCACCUGAAGAUCCACCUCCCAUCGCUUCUUUGUUCCGUUCGGUUCUCCAUCGCCGGCCCGCCUUGAAUCUUUAAUCGCCGGAAACACGAAUUCCGGCUCCAAUUAUUUUGGAUCAAUCGUCUAAUUGCAGUUUUCCGUAUCGCAUUCCAAAUCAUGAAUCCCGAAUAGUAAGCAUUCGAUCUUUGUUCAUUCCUGUAAUAUUAGGGUUUGGCAGAGGUCCUCGCAUUUAUUUUCACAUUGUCUUCCGUUUUCCGACAAGAAAGAUAUCACCGCGCUUACAAUGAUUUUACGUUUUUUACGAGAUUUGUGUUUUCAUACAUUUUGUCAUGAUGAAGCGUCAAACCAUGCCUUGUUUCCGGAUCCCUCAAGUAAUACAAGUAUUAAAAUGAUCUAAAUUUGAAUUUCACGAUGGUAGUGUUAGGGUGGAGGUGCUUUAUUUUUGUCGGUCAUUAAGGAGUCAUUGUGGCUGUGGCUGGGUUUUGUUGGAGGAAUUACUUGGUGUAGAUGUUUUUGAUUAACCAACAUCAUGUGAACUUGAUUAGUUUGUUGGCAUAUAUUUGCAUUACUUACUCUGAUGAAAAGGAGAUGACAUCUCACUUUUUUGUUGUUUCAUUUGUGUGGCAGUGACUAUUUGUUCAAACUUUUGUUGAUUGGAGAUUCUGGUGUUGGCAAGUCAUGUCUUCUGCUGAGAUUUGCGGUGAGUCUAAUGCUUUCUUGUUAUCUCGUGCUCUAUUUUUACUUUGAAUUGUUUUUGAGUCUUCCCUGAAAUGACAGGCAGAAGGGAUUUUCAGUUUUCCCUUCUGUGUUGAACUUUACUGAUCAUAUUCAAAAAUUUGUUAAGAUGUUGUUCCAAACUCUGAAUUCCAUGAAUUAUUGUAUGAGAGCAACUAGCGAUUGUUUAAUAUAAAUUAACUUGUCUUUGAAAAGCUUUAGCUGUUAAAUGGAUGAAAUUUUGUGUUUAAUUCACUCAGUGUUUGGAGUAUUACCCAGUAAAACUGUACUACUGAGGUCGAACUUAAAUCAAACUUUUAUUUGAAAUAUGCUACCUUGGUGCAAUUGAUGUCCUCACGUUCAUAUGUUGAAUUAAAAUUCCUCUUCCAUUAUUAAUAUCCUUGGGGUUUUCUUGUUUUACCAGGAUGAUUCAUAUUUGGAUAGCUACAUCAGCACCAUCGGUGUUGACUUUGUAAGAUCUUCUGAUCAAUGUUGCUUAAAAUUAUUUUACCUUAUGCUAUGUGCACUGAUCCAGUUUUUGAAUGCUGGCAGAAAAUUCGUACUGUUGAGCAAGAUGGGAAGACUAUUAAACUUCAAAUUGUAAGAUAUUUUGACCUUUUUUUGUUCAUAUGAGUCUCUUCCUGUUGAUAGCAUUUACUUUGUAAACAUCUGUUGCUUGUUAAUUAAUUAAAUCUUUGGUCAUUAGCUGUUCUAACCUUAUUUGUAAAACAAUGUUAAGGAAUAAAUUUCAUAUUCAUUUGCAAUAGUUGGAAGUCUCUGGGUUGGGCUACAUAGCCAUUGUUAUUUGUUUAGGAGAGGUUAAUUGUUUAAACCUUGGUUAGAGGUCUCAACUCCAGGAAUGUUUGCUUCCUUCUAAUGCAGUGGGAUACGGCUGGGCAAGAGCGUUUUAGAACGAUAACAAGUAGCUACUACCGUGGAGCACAUGGCAUCAUUAUAGUUUAUGACAUAACUGACCAAGAAAGCUUCAACAAUGUCAAGCAAUGGUUGAAUGAAAUUGAUCGUUAUGCCAGUGAAAGUGUAAAUAAGCUUUUGGUGGGCAACAAGUCUGAUCUGGCUGAUAAUAGGGCUGUGUCCUAUGAUACAGCCAAGGCUUUUGCCGAUGAAAUUGGCAUUCCUUUCAUGGAGACGAGUGCAAAGAACGCGAGCAAUGUUGAGCAAGCUUUCAUGGCAAUGGCAACUGACAUAAAAAAUAGGAUGGCAAGUCAACCAUCUGCAAACUCUGCUAGGCCUCCUACUGUUCAGAUCAAGAGCCAACCUGUCAACCAGAAGAGUGGCUGCUGCCCAUCCUAGUUAGUAACAACAUUCUCAUAGUAUGCUGGACAAGAUAGUUUUGUCACAUUAGAGACCAUCCAAUCAGUUCUUUGUUUUUAUUCUUUCAAAUUUAUUGGAUACGUUACUGUUAUGUCCGAAUAUAUUCAAUAUUUGAUUGCAAAAGUUAAAACCGUAUGUCUGGUUUCAUUCAACAUUUGAUUCGUUAGUGAAAACCAUCUCUGCUUGAAUGCUUCUUCAGGUUCAUUUUAUGUAGUAUAUUUGGUUUAUGAUUCUGUCUCUGUUUAUUUCAAAUUGCUAUUUCUUCCGCAAAAGUGGUUGAAAUCCCGACUCUUAAGUUUUAAGUCGAGCUUACUAGUUAAAACCAUUUCUGGCAUAUCGGUGUGGUAUCCGAAUGGGGACAUUUGAAAGCGAAGGUAAUUGGAUGGACAUAUGAAGC